AUGCGUACGGUAGCAAACGCCUUCUAUGAAUACAGAGGAUCUUUGAAAGAUGCGAGCAGAGAGCAAACCAUUCAGCUUUCGUAUUGUCGCCCCAAACACGCUCGUUUCCUUGCCCACCUUGAAUCAGACUCAAGUGGUGUUGAACAAACUGCUAAUGAGCUCCAUUCUUUAAUACAUUGGCUUCCGUACAUUUUAAGUUGA